AUGGGGACUAAAGACGACGAAUACGACUAUCUAUUCAAGGUUGUGUUGAUAGGAGAUUCAGGUGUGGGCAAAAGUAACCUGUUGUCCAGGUUCACUCGCAAUGAGUUCAAUUUAGAGAGCAAGAGCACCAUAGGAGUGGAGUUUGCUACAAGGAGUAUCCAGGUAGAUGGCAAAACAAUAAAAGCUCAAAUAUGGGACACUGCUGGCCAGGAGCGGUAUCGGGCCAUCACCAGCGCGUAUUACAGAGGAGCAGUCGGGGCCCUGCUGGUGUAUGAUAUUGCUAAACACUUGACUUAUGAAAAUGUGGAGCGGUGGCUGAGGGAGCUGCGGGACCAUGCAGACCAGAAUAUUGUCAUCAUGCUAGUUGGCAACAAGAGUGACUUGAGACAUCUGCGUGCUGUGCCAACUGAUGAAGCCAAGGCAUUUGCUGAGAGAAACAAUCUGUCUUUCAUUGAGACCUCAGCUUUAGAUUCUACAAAUGUUGAGUCUGCCUUUCAUAACAUUCUAACGGAAAUCUACAAGAUUGUUUCACAGAAACAGAUACGAGAUUCCCCAAACGAUGAAAUAUCACCAGGAUCCAAUGUCCAGUCCAUCACCGUAGCUCCCACAGUCAACCCGGCGCAGGGCCGGAAACAGUGCUGCUCCUAA